AGUAGCACGGGCUAUGGUGAGCUCAUAGUGGACUUACCUGGCACAGGAGCGGGGCAAGUAGCACGGGCUAUAUAUGGUGAGCCCGUAGUGGACUUACCUGGCACAGGAGCGGUGGUGUGUGGGGAAUGUGUUUGAUGCCAAGAAUCACUUUACACGCUUGUUUAUCGACCGGCAGCUGGAUGACUCAGGUGAAGAACGACCCGCGGAAACUGAAUUUCGCAAAUAACAUAAAAGCUUCGUAUAACUUUCAAGAUUCGCAAAUAACUUUAAAGUUUCUCAGAUAACAUUAAGGCUUCGCAGAUAACAUAAAAAGCUAUAAACAUAACAUAAGGUUAUUACAAUAGGGAACUACUGUAUAUGAACAUUGCCAAUAUCAUAUAUAACGGCUUCACACACAAUUAUAAGAGCUUCAGUCAAGCUUAGCAUUUAUAUAUAUUAUAUAAAUGUAUGUAAUAUACCGUUAAAUGUUACUGUGAUUGGUCUGCAUAGAGACGAUACGCAAACAAGCCGUGCUUGACGACUGGACAGCGGUGUUUGACAGCACGCGCAUGCGGUCAAGGCGCAUGCGCAUCCUUCAACGGCUGUACGAAACGUGAUACUUCAGUGAAGUCUGCUCAAUGGGUCCGGUGAUGGGUCCGAGGUCGUGGCUGCGAUGGGUGAUGGUGAUGAGUGUGGGCGUGGGGGCGUGCAGGGGCCACGCCCGUCUGGUGGAGCCGCCCUCCAGGGCCUCGGCGUGGAGGUUCGGGUGGCAGACGCCCAUUGACUACAACGACAACGAAGGCUUCUGUGGCGGCCUGACUCACCAGCACCAGGUCCAGGGCGGGAGGUGUGGCAUCUGCGGCGACGCCUGGGGGGCGAACCCGCGCCCGCACGAGGCAGGUGGCAGGUACGCCACGGGUACCAUCGUCAGGAGGUAUGAAGAAGGGCAGGUGAUUCCCAUCCGGGUACACGUCACCGCCAACCAUCGCGGCCACUUUGAGUUUAGACUCUGCCCCAACAACAACCCUCAGGUCGAGGCGACGCAGACCUGCCUCAACCAAUACCCUCUCCUCCCCGCUGACGGUUCAGGAUUCCAGCAGCAGGUGGCGGGCCACACGGGGGAACACCUGCUCCACCUGCAGCUGCCCAGCGGCCUCACCUGCACUCAGUGUGUACUCCAGUGGAGGUACGUAGCAGGCAACAACUGGGGCACUUGUGAGGACGGUUCGGCCAGAGUAGGCUGCGGGCCCCAGGAAGAGUUCCGCGCAUGCGCUGACGUCGCCGUCGCCGCCCAGCAAACAGGGUCGAGUGUUGGGGUGACUAGCCUUUUGGAGAAUGGCGCGGACGCUGGAGGUCAGGGCUAUACCUACAGCUGGUACCCGAAGGCGAGCCUCGCGCCCUUAUUUACAACAACUUUCAGGCCCACCCUCGGAAGCACGCGGAGACCGACCACACACACUUCUAUACCCUCCAGCUCUCCGUCCUUAACUAGGAGACCUCGUCCAUCGAAGCCUCGUCCGGGCAAAUCUCGUCCAUCAAAGCCUCGUCCGGGCAAAUAUCAUCCAUCGAAGCCUCGUCCGGGCAAAUCUCGCCCAUCGAAGCCUCGUCUAGGCAAGUCCCGUCCAUCGAGGCCUCGUUCGAGCACACCCGUGCCUGUCUCUUCCCCGUCGGAGCCGUCUAAGGACUGUAGAGCAGUGGGUGUGUGGCAGAGGGUCCCCGGCAUGGACGGGUGGUGCGUCCAGAACUGUUUCCACGUACCAUCAUUCUGUCCACCAUCACACUGUACCUGCAGCUGAAACACACAUGCUUCUUAAGGAGGUUUAAAAACAGUCGCUGUUCCACCCAUCUUCUGACAUUCUAACCGUGGCAACAAAAGCUGUAAGACUUUGCUAAAAUAUAUCUCCAAGUUGGUUCUUACAGAGCUUACUUCACUUCAGCCAUAAACACACGCUGCGAAAAAUUGUUGGAAGAAACUGCAACGGGUGUUGUGUGCUGCUUGAGUGAGUGAAUCCUGUUUGGAAAAGAAUCGCCUGCGAUAGCUGGAUAUUUUUUAUUUUUUGUUUACAUUUUCGUAUGCGACGCGCACCGCUUAUUCAUUGAUGUUAGGUAAACAUCUAGUAGCGUUUUGGCAAGGUUUAGGAGGGUGAUAGUAGUGAUCCUUGAAAAAAAAAACGCUAUCUAAACAGCAGUUACCACUUACUACACAUACAUGCAAAUUUGCAUUUUAUUAAAAAUAAGCACUAUGUUGCUUCUUGCAAUCUCGGCUUGGCACCGUUUUGAUAAUUCCUUCUGGCAAAUAAUCCAUGUCAAAGACAGUUGAUCAAACUAUCAACAAUGGUGAAAUUUGUAAUAAAUAUGUAUACUACUUUGAGGGGUACCAGGCUGCGCCCAGGUCUAUGUGGGACAGAAAUGGUUGGGCACGUUCCCUUUUACCCAAUGUCUCUGUUCAUCUAUUGUGGUUAAUAGGUGUUAAGAUCAUUAACAUUCUGAAAACGCCUCCCGCCGCCUCAACAAACUAUAGGCUUUCGCUACCCUCAACGUUACUAGGAUAUCAUCUACAUAUACACCAGUAUUUAUGCAUUCCAAUAUUUAUAUCCACUUAAGUUAUUCUUCACCCCUAGUCAGUAUAAAGGACAAUAAAAUGUACUAACA